AGCUUGGCUCGACGGACGCGGAGUUGGGAUUGAAGCACUUCAUCCCUCGCUCCGAAGUCCCGGCAAAGGCUUUGGCCAGCGCCUACCGCCUACCUUGCGCACACGAUGGACCUGUCACACUUGGUGACUGUGGGCCUGUUCCCUGCAAAGUACGCUCCUCUCAGCAGUGAUGAGUUGGACUAUUUCCGGAAGCACGGCGUGGACGACACUUUAGCGGAGAUCGUGUCGCAGCUGGCAAAGCAGAAGCCCGCAGAUCCCUACAAGUUCAUCGCCGAUGCCGUUGCCAAGAAAAGUGGAGGCGUCAAGCAACAGGAGGCCAAGCCCAAGGCGGAGGCCAAGCCCAAGGCAGAGGCCCAGCCCAAGGCAGAGGCCAAGCCCAAGGCAGAGGCCAAGGCUGCGCCGGCGGGUCCGGUGGAUGAUGCAGCCGUCAAGGCCGUGGGUGACGAGCUUCGCGCUCUCAAGGAGAGGCUGAAGCAGGAGGGCAAGAGCGGCAAGGACAUCAACGCCUCCCCGGAGGUCCAGGCGCUGGUGGCACGGCUCACAGAGCUCAAGGCCGGCGGAGGAGACAAGCCUGCGGCCAAGGCGGCCAAAGAGGCCACGCCAAAGGCCAAGUCAGAUGCCAAGUCGGAGAAGUCGACUGAAGUUGACAAGAAGCAGCAGGCCAAGGGCGGUGGCAUGGUGCACAAGAAGGCCGAGAACAUCCCGGAGUGGUACGCAGAGGUGAUCGGGAAAGGUCAGCUUAUCGAGAAGUACCCAGUGAAAGGCUGCUUCAUCUUGCGGCCCUGGUCGUACAAACUCUGGGAGCAGAUCCAGGGGUGGCUUGACAGCCAGAUCAAGCUCCUGGGGGUAGAGAACUGCUACUUCCCAAUGUUCAUCCCGAAGUGCUACAUGGAGAAGGAAAGCGACCACUUGGACGACUUUGCCCCGGAGCUCGCGAUGGUCACCAAGUUCGGCAACGAGGAGAUCGAUGAGCCCGUGGCCAUCAGGCCAACCAGCGAGACCGCCAUGUACGCGGCAUACGCAGACUGGGUCCAGUCGCACCGGGACUUGCCCAUCCGGCUGAACCAGUGGUGCAGCGUGGUCCGAUGGGAGGUGAAGCAGACCACGCCCUUCCUGCGCACCAGGGAGUUCCUCUGGCAGGAAGGUCAUACAGCCUAUGCAGAGAAGGCCCCCGCAGAAGAAGAGGUCCUGGCAAUUUUGGAGCUGUAUGCCCGCGUCUAUGAGGAGCUCCUCGCCAUUCCCGUGGUACGGGGUACCAAGACCAAGGCGGAGACCUUCCCUGGCGCCGACUACACCACCACCGUGGAGGCCUUCAUUCCGGCCACCGGGCGAGCGAUUCAGGGAGCGACGUCGCACCAUUUGGGACAAAACUUCUCCAAGAUGUUCAACAUCACCUUCCAGGACCCCAAGGACCCCAGCGGCAAAGAGUUCGAUUUCGCCUACCAGAACUCUUGGGGCCUCACCCAGCGCACCAUCGGCGUCAUGGUCAUGGUGCAUGGCGACGACAAGGGCCUGGUGCUUCCUCCCAACGUGGCGGGCAUCCAGGUGGUGAUCGUGCCAGUGGGCAUCAAGGCCAAUAGCACUGAGGAAGAGAAGAAGACCUUGGCAGAGGUGUCCAAGAAGUACUGCGCAGCGCUGCAAGCGGCGGGCAUCCGCACACUACUGGAUGACGACAACACCUACUCCCCCGGCUGGAAAUUCAACAACUGGGAGAUGAAAGGGGUGCCGUUGCGGAUCGAUCUGGGCCCGCUAGACAUCCAGAAAGGCCAGUUCGUCAUGUCCAAGAGGAACAUCCUGGAUCCCAAGGCCAGCAAACGGAAUGGUCAGGAUAAGACGAUGGUGGAAGACGUCAGGAGAACUUUGGACGAAAUCCACAAGGAGAUGUACUCCAACGCGCUGGCGGAGCGAGACGGCAGGCUGGCCUCGAUUGACCAGUGGAAGGACUUCAGCCCGAACCUGAACUCCGGGAAGCUGGUGUUGGUUCCUUUCUGCGGAGACCCAGAGUGCGAGGACAAGAUCAAGGAGAAGUCGAAGGAGGAGGCCCAAGAAGUCGAGGUGGCUGGCGGUCUCAAGAUGGGCGCGAAAAGCUUGUGCGUGCCCCAUGAGGAGAAGUACAACAAGAGCUGCCCGAAGACCUGCAUCAACCCAGAUUGCACAAGCAGCAAUAAGAAUGGCGUGAAGAGGCGGACCCUUUUCGGACGCAGCUACUGAGUGGCGUGCAGACGCGCGAAACAACUUAGGAAAGAAAGCAGCAGGAGUAUCCAACAUGGAGGGUCAAAGUACAACCUGAAUACCCAUUGCUGGGCGCUCAUUUGAUUUGACCUUGCACAUUGAUGGAGGGCAUGCUUUUUGCCAUCUCCCAGUUAUGCUACAGUGUACAGGCAGGGCAGAGUGUCAGGUUCUUGGUAUCACCUCGCGGCAGUGUGACAGAAGUCUUUAGUUAAUCAGCGCAGGACCUCAAAUUGCACGGCCGCUUUGAUUGCUCAGAGACGAA